GGGGCAAUCAAAAUCUCAGUUCUCGCGAGGUUUCGUCUUCCGGGUGUCGCUGGGGACGUUCUCCAUAAAGUGCGUGACGAUGUGUGGGGACUGUGUGGAGAAGAAGUACCCCAAUCGGGGGAACACCUGUCUGGAGAAUGGCUCGUUCUUACUGAACUUUGCAGGCUGCGCCGUGUGCAGUAAGCGGGACUUUAUGCUGAUCACAAACAGAUCCCUGAAAGAGGAAGAUGGAGAAGAAAUAGUUACCUAUGACCAUCUGUGUAAGAAUUGUCAUCAUGUAGUAGCCAGACAUGAGUAUACAUUCAGCAUCAUGGAUGAAUUUCAGGAAUAUACCAUGCUGUGUCUGUUGUGUGGCAAAGCCGAAGAUACUAUCAGUAUUCUCCCUGAUGACCCCCGACAAAUGGCUCUGUUAUUCUAAGCCUCCUGCACUUCUGUUGUAACUAUGUUGGGUUGCUUUAAAAUAUAGCAGGCCUAAAGGUUUGGCUAAUAAUGAAA